GGGACCGGAGAGGCCUGAUGUCACCAGCCCUACAUAAGGGCCUCCUUCAGCUCCUGCAGGCAGUUUGGAAGCAGCUGGAGGAAGGAGUUAGAUUCCAGUUACAGGCUUUUUGGCUUUUGAAGUCAGACACAGACACAGCUGCUGAGUAAAAUGCAGCCUCCACAGAAAAGCCCAAGCCUCAGACCUUUCAAGCAGAGGAAGAGCUUAGCAACCAGAAGAGAAGAAGUGGCUGGAAUCCGGGCAAAGUUCCCAAGCAAGAUCCCGGUGAUAGUGGAGCGCUGCCCCCGUGAGAAGCUCCUGCCCCCGCUGGACAAAACCAAGUUCCUGGUCCCUCAGGAGCUGACCAUGACCCAGUUCCUCAGCCUGCUUCGGAGCCGCAUGGUGCUGAGGGCCACUGAAGCCUUUUACCUGCUGGUGAACAAUAAGAGCCUGGCCAGCAUGAGCGUGACCAUGGCAGAGGUCUAUAGGGACUACAAGGAUGAGGACGGCUUCGUGUACAUGACCUACGCCUCCCAGGAGAUGUUCGGCUGUUGGGGGUGAGCCCCCAGGGAUGGGAGCAGCCUUGCAGACAGAGCCUGCAACCCUCUCUAG